CAGCUAGUUCAGCAGCCAAACAGCCGGUGAAGAGGACACGCAGCUGCUUCUCUCCCUCCUGUGCUCCUCACCGACAGACCAACGGCAACAACGUUCAUUCACCUCACAAACCUCGCUGUGUAGGUGUGCGCGUGAAGGGAUGACGCAAUAUAAGUAGUAAUUGAACCAGCUAGUUCAGCAGCCAAACAGCCGGUGAAGAGGACACGCAGCUGCUUCUCUCCCUCCUGUGCUCCUCACCGACAGACCAACGGCAACAACGUUCAUUCACCUCACAAACCUCGCUGUGUACUUCUCUACCUGCUAGACUGAACGGCACUCAUCAUGUGUAAAGGUACAGUGGUUCUGGCCUACAGUGGUGGGCUGGACACAUCCUGUAUUCUGGUUUGGCUGAAGGAACAGGGCUACGAUGUGAUCACGUACUUGGCCAACAUUGGGCAAGAUGAAGAUUUUGAAGCUGCCCGGAAAAAGGCAGAAAGCCUCGGAGCAAAGAAGGUUUUCAUUGAAGACCUGCGUGCAGAGUUUGUGGAGGACUUCAUCUGGCCCGCAGUUCAGGCCAACGCCAUCUAUGAGGACCGAUACCUGCUGGGCACUUCAGUAGCACGUCCUUGCAUUGCUCGCCGUCAGGUCGAGAUUGCACUCAGGGAAGGUGCUAAUUUUGUCUCCCAUGGUGCCACAGGAAAGGGCAACGACCAGAUACGUUUUGAGCUCACAUGCUACGCCCUCUACCCUGACGUUAAGAUCAUCGCACCAUGGAGGAUCCCUGAGUUCUACAACCGCUUCCGGGGGAGAAAGGACCUGAUGGAAUAUGCAGAGAAACAUGGCAUCCCUGUGCCUGUCACUCCUCGGGCACCCUGGAGCAUGGACGCCAACCUCAUGCAUAUAAGCUAUGAGUCUGGCAUCCUGGAGAAUCCUAAGAGCCAUGCUCCGGCUGACCUGUACCUGAUGACCAAAAACCCGCAAGAUUCUCCCAACGUCCCCGAUGUGCUGGAGAUAGAGUUCAAAAACGGAGUGCCUUUCAAGGUGUCAAACAUGAAGGAAGGCACAUCCAAGGACUCACCACUGGAUAUCUACUUAUACCUCAAUGAUAUUGGUGGAAAGCAUGGUGUGGGCCGAAUUGACAUCGUAGAGAACCGUUUCAUUGGAAUGAAGUCCCGAGGGAUAUAUGAAACCCCCGGAGGCACAAUUCUGUUGAAUGCCCAUUUAGACAUCGAGACCUUUACCAUGGACAAAGAGGUCCGUCGGAUCAAACAGGGACUGAGUAUCAAGUUCUCAGAACUCGUCUACAAUGGCUUCUGGUACAGUCCGGAGUGUGAUUUUGUGCGACAGUGCAUCGCCAAGUCCCAGGAGAACGUGGAGGGCAAAGUACAGCUAUCUGUCUUCAAGGGUCAGGUCUACAUCCUGGGACGAGAGUCACCAAAGUCCCUUUACAAUGAGGAGUUGGUCAGCAUGGAUGUGCAGGGAGACUACGAUCCAUGUGAUGCCUCUGGAUUCAUCAGGAUAAAUGCGGUCAGGUUAAGGGAACACCAUCGUCUGCAGGGUUUCUCCAGCACCAAGAAGUAACCACUGCAGUCCUUUGAACCACCUUUCUUCUCUCCACUGUGUCUUAAGCAGUAGUAGGUUUAGACUUUGUGUCUCCAUUGCCUACCUUUUUGCCUUAUUGUCUACUCUGCAUUAUAUUAGCAUCAGUAUCAAGCACACCAGAAUCUUACUGUAAAACCGUGAAGUUUCUUAGGUGGUGAAGAGUGGAGGAAGAAAAACGUACGAAAUGUAACAUAAAGACAGGAAAAUAGUUUAAAUUGGGUGUAAAGAAAUUUCCAUGUGGAUAAGAAUUUUCAUUGUAUGGAUUUCUUAGUAUUUGAUCUACUGGAUUUCUCAUUCUCGGCAUCAGUAGGUCAUUAACUGACUGCAAAUAUUAAAUCUAAGGAUUCUUUGUUUCAAAAAUAAAAUCAAGUGAAUUGUGUA